AUGGCCGCCCUUCCCGCUCGGGUGAAGGAGAUCGGUCUCAGCGAGGUUCACCGUUCUGAGGAACCGCCCCUCGUUGAUAUUGUCUUCGUGCACGGCCUCAACGGCCAUGCUUACAACACCUGGGCUUCCAAGAACAAUGGCAUCUUUUGGCCCGCCGAUCUCCUUCCUGAAGUCCUCGGUCCUAGUCGCGUUCGCAUCCUAACGUACGGAUACAACGCCAACGUCACGGCUUUCACCGACGGCGCCUCGAAAGACCGUCUUCAUAAUCAUGCAGAAACGUUGGCCUCGGGCUUGGCCGCGAACCGAAAUCUGCGGAAUUGUUCGGAAAGACCGAUAAUUUUCGUUUGCCACUCGCUGGGCGGCCUGGUCGUCAAGCGCACCCUGAUAUACUGCCGGAGCGUGAACAACGAGAAGAUCCAGCAUCUCAGAUCCGUAUACGUUUCCACGUACGGCAUCCUGUUUCUCGGAACACCCCACAAUGGGUCCGACGUCGCAAAGUGGGGCGCGCUUUUGCAGAACAUCUGUAGUGCUGUAAUGCCGAAGAAGUUCAUGGAAUCUUCGCCUCACUUGGUUAAGGCCCUUAAGACAAACAACGAGACUCUUCAGAACAUCAACAGCCUCUUCGCUGAUAUCACUAGCCGCUUCCACAUCUACUUCUUUCAUGAAACCUUGUCCAGUGACGUCAAGGGCACUCGCGAGCUGAUCGUCGACGAGAGCUCUGCAGCGCCUUACAUGGAAGGUGUCGAACGGAUGGGAAUCGAAGCUGAUCAUAGCCAUAUGUGCAAGUUUGACGAUGAGGGCUCUCCUGGAUAUGAAGCUGUGGCAGAGGCUCUCUUGCGAUAUUCGCGUGACGCCCCAGCGACCAUACAUGAACGCUGGAUCGAAGAGGGAAAAGCGCGCCGGCUCAUGAAAGAGACCAUAGCCCGGGAGAUGUUUGGAAAUGUUGACGCGGAGCAACUGGGAAGAAGCGCCCCGGACCUUCGCACAAUUGGUAGGCCACACAUGCUUCCUGGUCCCCAUUCUCCAAUCACCUGGAAUCAGUACGAGGUCGAAGAGCCCCCGGAACCUUCUUUCCCUUAUAAGAGCACCGAACUUGCUAUGUCACGAUCCCUACGGGCAGAUCCGCUGUUUGUGGUCCCACCCGGGUUCCAUCCAAAUGCAACAUUUGUAGGCAUGAAGAAAGAGCUUGAAGUGUUGCAUGCGCGUUUGUUCAAAGCCAAGAAGAGAGCGGAGCGUCUAAUGGCUGUCUUGAUUUGUGGAGGACCCGGGACUGGCAAGUCACACCUUGCACGACAAUACGUGUGCACCCAUCGAGAUAUCUACCCAGCGGGGAUUUUCUGGGUCGAUGCUAAGUCACUGGAAUCAACCUACAAGUGUUUCUGGGAUAUGGCUCAAGCGGCUGCACUGACGGAUGGGCAGGAUUUCCGGUACCCCGACACCAACCCAUCUCGCAAGUAUGUAGACUCGGUGAGGACAUGGCUGCAAAACCGGGAAGGGUGGCUCAUUGUGUUCGACGGAAUCAGCUUUGCGCACGAGCAUGAUAUCAACAACUUCAAGCAGUUCCUCCCGUUCAAUAAGAACUGCAGUAUUAUCUACACCUCAGUGGAUAAAACCUUGAAGAGGAAACAACGUUUGUACGAGCCAUAUUGCCUUCAGGUGAAGCCACUCGAGCCGGAGAACGCAUGCAAGCUGCUUUUUGAAGACCUCGGUAUCAGAAAACCAACUGCAGGUCAGAUCAGGAAAGCCACAGAACUGGUAACUCACUAUGAGUGCCUGCCACUCGCUAUACAUGCAAUUGGCCACAGGCUUAGCGCCACGUCAAAGCCAAUUGAGCGAUAUCACAUCAAUUCACAUUUGACAGACGAAAAGCUGGCAGAACCGUUUCUAAGCAUCAUGCACGACCUAAUGUGUCUGGGGCACUGGACGGCACUCAACCUGAUUAACAUGCUUUCGUUCUUUAGUCACCAUAUCCCGGUUGGUCUCUUGACCUUGGGUCUCUCAGCACGUAUAAAGCAGAGGGCUGGAGUCAUCACCCAGAGCAGAAGCGGAGAAACGGGGGAUCUUGACACGACGAUCGGAAUCUUGAUCCGGUAUGGCCUCAUUGAACGAGUAUCUGACUCGUACCCGCUGCACCCCAAAGCUCUGUCGCCCCAGGCAGAGAGAGACAAUGUGCUGGAACAAAAGUCUGUGGUACCGGACCUCUCUGAGUCGCAAACAGAAAGCAGUCAGGAAGCCUUCUUUUCUUCAGUUUUGCAGAAUGCAGGAACGAUUGACGUCUUGAAGAUCCAUAGUGUCGUUCAGGGGUUCUGCCGUGAUGAGUUGAAGAUGAUGGAUGAAGAAGAGCGGAGGAAAGCCGCCGCCACAAACCCAAACGCUCCGGAGACUGGAUUGUAUGAUUCAUGGCUUGUCGUGGUAUGCGACGUACUCAGCACCUCGUACACGAAAGUCCAAACAAGAAACGAAACUGACGGCUACGGACUUGUCAAAGAUUACCGCGAGUUCGAGACUCAUGUGUCGAAGGUGCUCGAGCACUUCCCCAGACGAUCUGCCCGGGAGGCAGCUGCGGUCCGUCAGGCGCGGGAAGACAUGAAGAUAUUGAAGAGGAGUAUUUCCAGGGAGAUAGAUCGGAUUUCACCAAGGUCUGGUUCGAUCUAUAACCAACGCUCGGUCUUUGAUCGAUCAAGUAGCUCGUCUUCAUCGGUGCCUGAGUCCGCCGCUGAGGAAUUGCCUGGUUGGCUUGAACCAGCAUCGCCCCAGGUGGAGUCUCCGCAGGAGGCCGCUCCGCGCCCGCAAAAAUUCAAUCUGAAGCCUUUCCUCCCACACAUAUUUCGUCAUUCCAGCCAGGAUCAGGCGGGCAGCGCUCCUCCAAUCUCGCAAACGGGUGAAGCAAGCGAGAGGCCUGAGUCCAAUUCAUCCGAAGUGGUAUCUAGUACGAAUACGUCGGAUGACCGAGGCUGGCAUCUUGUCAAGAAAUCUUCGAAGCCCCCAAAGCCUGCUGCUAACAAGCCUAAACGGCCUAGUUUACCGCAUCGCAUUCGUGGCUCUCAGCCUGCGGCCCCUGUUCUCAAGGUCUUCCCCGUAGAGGGCAUAUCGGGCAAGCCUGGAGACCAAGACCGUAGCAGCUCUCGGACCUCGGCGUCGGAGGCGUUGACGGCGGUCACAAAAAUCGCGCGCCCCCAGAUGAACGGCAGGCAAUUUGCAAGUGCUCCAGGCGAUUUCACGAAGAGCUUGUCGAAGGAAAAUGAUUCGCCCAGCUACGCCACGAUUGCAGCCAGACAGGCGCAACAUAUCACUGAAAAGCCACGGUCAUCCUCGAUUCCUAGUAGAAGCCGGCCAAGGUUGCAGGGUCUGCAGGAUAAAUCCUCUGAAGAAUCACUUUUCAAUCGUUCGAGCAACGUUAUGUCUUCGAAGCUUCCAAUGACCUGUUCGGCAUAUAGUGAGCCUGAUCCGGCGUAUUUAAGCCAUCAGCUAAAUGCUCUAGAACUCGGGGCAACGGCCAGUCGAUACAGAGCGCCCAUGGGCACGUCUUUCAGUGGUGUAGGGUCUCCAACGGGCGAUAUGUCAGCAAGCACACCUUCUAUGACAUAUCUCGCGCCGGGCCUGCCAUAUGAGGGCAACAUCGAUAUAUCAGCAGCACGUCGACUGAGCACCACACCAUCGACAUCAACAGGCCCAGUUUCCCAUCCGUCUGCGAUCAUGCCCGGAACAUCGCCACCAUUUUCAGAUGUGCACGCUGGAUACAUGUCCGAGCCGGCCCCCGAGCCGAUGUCUCGUGAUAUAUCCGCGAAGUCACAACAGUCCUGGGCCACCGACCCAGUUCCUUAUCCCCAUCGAUGGGCCCCGGUUAACAUCAUUCCACCGAUCCCGAAGUUGGCACCACCGCCAAGGCCAAGUAAUUUUCAGGCAGAGCUUUCGUACGCAGCGGCAGCGGCACAUCUCCGGACUUUGGAGCCUCUAGAGGGUCCCGUCCCCUUCGAGCCUGUAUGGCCGCAUAUGAAUGUUGACAGCAGACCACAGUUUGGUGGGCCAGUUCAGUAUGCAGCAGCAGCAGGGCAACUCUUGCCUGGGUACCCUGCAACUUACCACCCAAACCUCUCCGGACCUCUACUCUCACACGAGAUCACCAUACCGAUGGCGGAGCCGCGCGGCGGGCGAGCCCGGAGUGGGAGUUCUCCUCCACGACAAGAAUAA